ACUACUCUCUCCUUCAGCAGGGAUUCAACACCUUUGAAGACUUCCAUCGGUUCAGCGGUCACAACCCACAGGCGGCGGCGUUCCCACACCAGCCCACCGCCCACCCUCCUACACCGCACCAGGACAAGAUGGCGACGCCCACACGCCCACACCCGCACAACAACUACUCCCUGACCAGUCUACAGGCCAUGUCCCCGGCGCACAGCGUCCACAGUCUGUCGCCGACGCAGCCACUAGGGGAGGGCCACUAUCCCGGGCCUGGAGGCGAAGCCCACCAGCCCACCAACAACUAUCCAACACCUCCCACCUCACAACCCCCGCACACUGCCCACUCCGCCCAUACUGCCCAUUCUGCGUCCAGCAGUGAGCCAAAUAUGCUCAGGGCAGCAUUAACCCACCGAGAACAGCAGCAACAGCAGCAGCAACAACAACAGCAACAAACACACAGCCCCGGCAGCAGCGACACGGGGGGCGGGCCGGGCUCUGGCGGCGGCGGUGUGUCGGGGGGCGGUUCCGGAGGCCCCGUGCAUAUGCAGGACUUUGUGGACUUCGACACCCCCAUACAGGGCGGCCUGGACUGUAACGUUGAGGAGGUGAUCAAACACGAGUUGCAAGUCGAAGGAAAUCUGGAUUUUUCAUUCCCACAAGCUCAUCACGGCCACCAUCACCACCACCACUCCCACCACUCCCACGCACACACCCACGCCGUCGCCCACGCUCACGCCCACGCCCACUCUCACCCGGACGCCCCCCAGAUGGCAGCACCGCCAGGGAUGUACCCUUGCUCGUCGAUCGCGGCGGGAAACCACUGGGUCCGCUAAAGGGGUGAGUAACUCUUCCUUGUCUUUCACUGUGUUUCUCCUCCUCC